UUUCCAUUCUCCCAGAUAAAAGUGUGCAGUAAUUAUGUACGAAUUCAAGAUGAUGUCAACCAGGUUGUAGUUCGUGAAUUAAUUCAUGCAUUUGAUGAUUGUCGUGCUGCUAACUUGGAUUGGUCGGAUUGUGCUCACCAUGCUUGUACUGAGGUUCGUAUCUUACAUCUAAGUGGCGAUUGUCAUUAUAAGCGAGAACUACUACGAGGUUUCUUGAAACUACGGGGCAUAACAGGUAAACUUUCAAUUUCCCUCAUUCAAUAAGACAGCCCAUUUAUUUUAGUUGAAUCUUUUCCUAGAUUAAUGUAGAAGUAUCAGUUGAACUAUAUAAAAAAAUAAAGAAUUAUUUUAUUUGUAACAAUACACA